AUGGGUAAGCUAGUCUUGCUUUCAGCAUUGGCCCUGCUGCUCCAUGUGCAGCUUGGCUCAGCCUACAUUCUAUCAUGCUACUUCACCAACUGGGCUCAGUACCGUCCCCCUCCCACCAUCUACAUGCCGAAUGACAUUGACCCCUGCCUGUGUACCCAUCUUCUCUACGCUUUUGCCACCAUGACCAACGAUUAUAAAAUCGCUACAUUCGAGUGGAACGAUGUAGAGCUCUACAGCCAGUUCAACGGACUGAAGAACAAAAAUGGUAAUCUGAAAACUCUGCUGUCAGUUGGUGGGUGGAACUUCGGCUCCUCAGGAUUCUCUGCCAUGGUGGCAUCUGCUGCCAACCGCCAGACUUUUAUCAGUUCGGUGAUAACCUUUUUGAGAAAGUAUGAGUUUGAUGGAUUGGACUUUGACUGGGAGUAUCCGGCCAACAGAGGAAGCCCACCUCAAGAUCAGCAGCUGUUCUCUGUUCUCCUAGCAGAAAUGAGGACUGCAUUUGAGGCAGAGGCCAAGCAGUCAAACAAAGCCCGACUCCUAAUGUCCGCUGCUGUCUCAUCAGGCAAAGGCACCAUUGACACAGCCUACCAGAUUCCUCAACUCGGACAAUCUCUGGAUAUGAUUAAUGUGAUGUCAUAUGACAUGCAUGGAUCGUGGGACCCAUUCACAGGGGAGUGCAGCCCCCUGUACAAGAGUUCUUUCGACAGUGGUGGUUACAUCUACUUCAAUUUGGAUUAUGCCAUGAACUACUGGAGAACCAAUGGUGCUCCUGCAGAGAAACUGCUGGUUGGAUUCCCCACAUACGGAAACACCUUCACUCUUACAAACCCUGCUAACCAUGGAAUUGGAGCUCCAAUCUCUGGGGCUGGAACACCAGGAAAAUACACUCAGGAGGCUGGGGAACUGGCUUAUUUUGAGAUUUGUACCUUCCUUCAAGGUGGUGCAACAGAGGUGUGGAACUCUCAACAAGAUGUGCCCUAUGCUUAUAAGGGUAAUCAGUGGGUUGGCUAUGACAAUAUCAAGAGCUUUCAGACCAAGGUUCAGUGGCUCAUGAAAAACAACUUCGGUGGUGCUAUGGUGUGGACCAUUGACAUGGAUGACUAUUUGGGCACUUUCUGUAACCAGGGCAAAUAUCCUCUGAUUAAUGUUCUUCACAAGGCCUUCAAUCUUGACCAACAAUCGUGCAAACCCCCUGCAACUCCUCUGCCCCCAAUACCAGGAGUGAGCAGCACCACCGCUAGUGCCAGUGGUGGAAGCUCUGGUGGGGGAAGUUCAAGCGGAGGAAGCUCCAGUGGAGGAAGCUCCAGCGGUACCAGUGGCAUGAACAGCUCCUUCUGCAUUGGCAAAGCCGAUGGACUGUACCCAUUUGCUGCCAAAAGCAACAAGUUCUAUGAGUGCAAUGCAGGCAAAACAUAUUUCCAGCAAUGUGCAACAAGUCUGGUGUUUGACACAGCAUGCUCAUGCUGCAACUGGAGUUAAAGCUUUAACACUGUCAUAAUGCAUAGCACUGUUUU